CUUCUUCCUACUUUCUACGGUGCGACUCAGUCAUUGCUGAGCUUGACUGUGAAGAGACAGGGCAGUCUUCUGUUCAACAAUGUCUUUCUUCACACACCAGAUAACCAGGGGGCUUUCGUCCUCAGCAGUGAGAAAUGUCGUGAUCAAGCAUGUUACAAUCAUCGGCGGUGGACAGAUGGGCGCAGGAAUCGCACAGGUUGCUGCGUCCACCGGCCAUUCGGUGGUGCUGGUGGAUACGUCAGAGGACAUCCUGCAGAAAGCUGCCAAAGGCAUCGAGGGUAGUCUCAAAAGGGUGGUGAAGAAGAAGUUUGCUGACAAACCAGAGGCAGGUGCAGAGUUCAUUCAGAAGGUGAUGCAGAAUGUUUCCACGUCGACGGACGCCGCUGCGGUGGUCCAGGGAACCGACCUGGUUCUAGAGGCCAUCGUAGAGAACCUGAAGGUCAAGCAGGGGCUGUUCGCUGGCCUGGACAAAGUAGCUCCAGAACACACCAUCUUCGCCAGCAACACCUCCUCCCUGCCCAUCACAGACAUUGCCAGCUCCACCUCCAGACUGGACCGCUUCGGGGGCCUCCACUUCUUCAACCCCGUCCCCAUGAUGAGGCUGGUGGAGGUCGUCGCCACCUCGGCCACCAGCCAGGAGAGCUUUGACUCCCUGCUGAACUUCAGCAAAGCUCUGGGGAAGACGCCCGUGUCCUGCAAGGACACUCCUGGCUUCAUCGUGAAUCGCCUGCUGGUUCCCUACAUGAUGGAAGCCAUCAGGCUACAUGAGAGAGGCCACGGAUCAAAGGAAGAUAUUGAUAUCGCCAUGAAGCUGGGGGCAGGUUAUCCCAUGGGACCCUUUGAGCUGCUGGACUACGUCGGACUGGACACGGCUAAGUUCAUCAUCGACGGCUGGUGUGCGAUGGACCCCGGUAAUCCCCUCUUCGGCCAGAGCCCCAUGCUCAACAAGCUGGUGGCAGAGGGCAAGUUCGGCAAGAAGACCGGAGAGGGAUUCUAUAAAUACAAGCUAUCAAGUGCGCGACCCUCGACUUCCCCGUCGCCACCCAGUUCCUGUCUCCGUCUUUGACUCGUUGGUUGUCGCUGCCGCCACCGCCAC